AUGGCGAGCUGGUGCGCGAAGGACGUUCACAACGAGGUCAGCCUGUACGACGAGUUUGCAACCAUGACAACAAGAAUAAUGGUUAAGAAAUAUACUGAAGAACACGAAUGGAUUGAAAUGGAUGAAGGUGGAAAGAUUGGCACAAUGGGUAUAACCGAAUACGCUGCCAAAGCCCUCGGAGACGUCGUCUACGUCGAAUUACCUGAAGUCGGAAUGGAAUGCAACAAAGGCGACACCAUCGGCGCCGUCGAGUCUGUCAAGUCAGCCUCGGAUAUCAUGUCUCCAGUAUCAGGCAAGAUCGUUGAAUCAAACGAGGCUUUGAGCGAUAAGCCAGCGACCAUAAAUAAAGGUCCCGAAGCUGAAGGCUGGUUCGCGAAGAUUGAAUUUCAGGAUCAGAGUGAAUUGGAAGGCUUGAUGAGUAAGGAAGAGUAUGAUGCUUUCGAGAAGGACUAG